AAUUUUCGGAGAGAGGGAUCAUAUGAUCGCGAGUGGUUUGAGGCUUUAUCUCUAUUUCUUGUCCAAGCAUUGUCUUUCGGGCCCACGGAAAGCCGGAUGAUGGAUCAUCCUAUCGGCACCGGCGCAAGCGCAAGGAAGGGGCUUUUUUCCUCUAGUUUGGUACUUCGGCUGUUCAAGUCAACACGGGUUGAUACAGAGAACGACGCAUCCACUUGUCGCUGGAACACGCAGUUUCUGCGCCGAGAGCUGAAAGAAAAACAUGGGAAAAAAAAUGCGGUGAAGAAAAUGUAGCUGGAGAAACUGUGCCUAAAUAGCGGGAAUGGGGCUUUACACAGUCACUCACGUGAGCUCGCUCUAGAUCACGACAGUGGCCUUGUUGCAUGGAUGGGAAGCUUUUCGGCAAGUUGUUCCGCCUCUCGUUUCGAUGUUUCCUGUGCUUCCUGUGUUUUUUAUAUUUUCUUUGGCAAAGGACAGAGCCUUGAGUUGAAUCGUGUAUGUGUGCAUGAGAGCUAGGCUGGUAGUUUCUGACUCUUUUAGCUUUACGUCUGCGGUGCUCAUACACAGUGUGUUGUGUUGUUUCUUUCGCCUUUCCAGUGAGUGUUGUGCUUGGACUUCAUCCCUUAGUCAAUUUUUUGGCAGCUGCAAGCCAGUUCAUAAUUUCUUAUCUUGCAGAGUCACGCGGGUUGCAGCAUAAAAUAGUGGCGUUGUAGUGACCAGAGAAGGGCCAGUGGUGAACUUCAUGGCCAGAGGGCCAAAGACUAAUGUUCCCAGAGGGGUUUUUAUCUGCAGCACAGAUGCACACAACACUUUCACAAACGCUGCCUACCAAAACAUGACAGGAUGCUCCCAAGAGGAGUUGCUUGGUCUGAGAUGGGUCGAACACGUUCAUCCAGAAGAUCUUCAGGAAGUUUGGGAUCAAGCAAUCACACUGCGGGAGGGAGGAUUGAAUGUCGAGUUCAGGCUGAUACACAAAAAUGGCAGCUGGAGAUGGGUGAAUUGCCAAUCAGUGGACAUGCCAGGUUGUUUUGAGAACGAAAGCCAUGUAGGAAUCAUCGAAGAUAUUACAUGGCGAAAGGAGGCUGAAGAAUCGUUAAGAUUGAGUGAGGAGCGCUUUGCUCUUGCUGUUCGUGGUUCUAACGAUGGCUUGUGGGAUUGGGACAUCAGAACCAACAAGGUGUUCUACUCAGCGCGUUGCAAGAACAUGCUUGGUAUCGAGCAGAGUUGUGCAGACACGCUUGAUGUGCUUAUAAACAGGCUUCAUUCAAGCUAUCGAGAUUGUGUCCAGACCGCGCUCAAAGACUAUUUAGCCGCUCACAAAACAGUUGGGUCCCCUUUUCACAUCGAGACACCGAUUAGAACGAGCCAAGACAAGUACUGCUGGUUUCGGUUGAGAGGUCAAGCGCUUUGGGAUGAACAAGGAAAUCCACUUCGAAUGGCUGGCUCAUUAAGUGACAUCACGGAAAGAAUCCGAUGGGAAGAGGAGCAGGAGAGGCUAAUAGCAAAUCUGGCCGAAGCUCGAGACAAGGCGGAAUCUGCUGCCAAAGCCAGAUCAGAGUUUCUAGCUGUGAUGAGCCACGAAAUCCGUACGCCGCUCAAUGGUGUGAUAGGGAUGGCCUCUGUUCUACUGGACACUGAUCCAACUCCGGAUCAGGAAGAAUGCCUGGAAACCAUUAGAACUUCCGGGGAGUGCUUACUUUCGAUAAUAAACGACAUUCUGGACUUCUCGAAAAUCGAUGCUGGGAAGCUGACAAUUGCGCCAGUCCCGUGCAACCUUCGCAGUCUUGUAGAAGAUGUUGGAAGCAUGUUGGCACUUCGUGUGGAACCCAAGGGGGUGGAGCUCGUAGUCCAUUAUGACUCUCCUUUCUUUGCCGUCUCAGUGGACACAAUACGAUUGCGUCAGGUUCUUAUAAACCUCAUCGGAAAUUCUUGUAAGUUCACGCACGCGGGACACAUUCUCGUUAAUGUGAGUUUGCUGUGUAAGAGUUGCCAGAAGCAACUCAAGGCCACGGAUUUCUGGGAAUGUCGGAGUUGCAGCAAGGAUGUUAACUCCUUUAAGCAGGGACGUGAACUUGACAGCGAUGCAAAACAUGUCAAGCCGGUGGAAUACUUCAAGUUUUCAAUAUCUGAUUCUGGCAUCGGAAUCGCGGAGGACAAGCUGGGGCUGUUGUUUGAGAAGUUUUCUCAGUGUGAUCAGCUGACGAGCAACAUGUAUGGUGGGACGGGCUUGGGCUUGGCCGUGUCAAAGAGCCUGGUCGAGCUCAUGGGUGGUGAGAUUGUUGUGGAAAGUCGUGAAGGUGUUGGAUCGACUUUCUCUUUUAGUAUACCUUUGGAGAUUGAUGUUGUCUCUGAGAAGAACCGGCAUCAAGUUCCACUUCUUUAUAGUAGCAGAUUCCAAGCACGGCCUAGAAUUCUGGUCAUCGACAAUCACAAGAUCACCAGGCAAGUCAUGUGUGAGCAGAUUGAGAGCUGGGGGAUUGAAUGCCAGUGUUCCGGAGAUGUUGCCAGUGCGCUCAAACUGCUUGCGAAUCGAUUCCAUGUUGCUGUGGUUGAUAACGUCCUCGUCGAGACGUUUCAAAAGAAACUCCAGAUCAAAAGAAUCGCGGAGGAGUUUCCAGGCACGAAGUUUAUACUUCUCAAGCCCGUAGGACACCGGGUAAAUGCUCAAGAGGCGUAUGGAUUCAGCUGUACCCUCAGCAGGCCGCUGCGACAGUCGACGCUCAAAGAUGCACUCCUCAAGACCUUUAAUCUUCUCGGCUUUAAAAGCUUCGAAGAAGCCUCACGUAACUUCCUUGUUCUCUUGAUAUUCUCACAAGCAAAAUCUUCUACUCCAGGGCCUGCGUUGGCGAGCAGUAACAGAUCCAAGGCCGGGGACAAGGCUCAAACCAGAAGACACCCCAAAGUCCUUGUUGUCGAAGACAACAAGGUGAACCAAAUGGUGGCGAUCCGGCUGCUCAACAAUCUCGGCUGCACCGUCGACGUCGCUUGCAAUGGCCAGGAGGCAGUGUCGAUCGUGGACAAGCCAGUUGAGUAUGAUCUCAUCUUCAUGGACUGCCAUAUGCCGGUUCUCGAUGGCUUCCAAGCGUCUCGCUUGAUCCGAUCGAAGCAGAAGCUCACUCCAAUCGUCGCAUUGACGGCAGCCACCAUGGAAAGCGAGCUAGAAAAGUGUCUGGAGUGUGGCAUGGACGACUACGUACGGAAGCCCUGUACGAAACAGGAGCUCCAAAGAGUGCUCCACAAAUGGCUAGACUGGAAGGACGAGGUUUAAGAGUGAUUGGGGUGGGUAUUUAUUUAGAGGAA